AUGAACACUUUGGAUUGGCUGCACAUUAAGGGAGUCUUCUUUGCUGUCAAAGAAGUGUACUUGCAUGAUCAAGGCAGCUACGGCGAUGCACAACACUGCAUUUUACAGCUUCAGCAGGAAAUUGCACUCCUGAGUCGUCUGGACCACAGUAAUAUUGUGCAGUACUAUGGCACUGACAAAGAGGACUCGAAACUGUACGUCUUCCUUGAACUAGUGUCGCAAGGAUCUCUUGCAUCCUUGUAUCAGAAAUAUCGCCUGCGAAAUUCUCAUGUUUCACGAUAUACAAGACAAAUCCUUGAUGGGUUAUGUUACCUCCACGAUAGAAACAUCGUUCAUCGGGAUGUCAAAUGUGCCAAUAUACUGGUGCAUGCGAAUGGAUCUGUGAAGCUUGCUGACUUUGGACUCGCUAAGGAGAUUGGCAAAUUCACCGCACUUAAAUCAUGCCAAGGAAGCGUUUAUUGGAUGGCACCCGAGGUUGUCAGUCACAAAAAGACGUAUGGAACACCAGCUGAUAUAUGGAGUCUGGGUUGCACAGUCCUGGAGAUGUUGACACGUGAACAUCCUUAUCCUAAUUUGGAAUGGACACAAGCUUUGUUUAAGAUCGGAAGGGAGGAGCCACCAGAUAACCCAGAGUACCUUUCCAAGGAGGCUCGUGAUUUUAUAAGCCAGUGUUUAAGGCUAAACCCAGAUGAUAGACCUUAUGCAUCCAAAUUGCUCGAUCAUCCUUUCGUGAAUAGGUCAAUACGGUCAAUAAUGUCUAUAAUGGCAUCUUGACGGUAAAACUUCAAUAAGGUCAGUGAUGAAGAGAUCUUCGCUCUAAAACUGGUUCAGUAAUUUUACGAUGUAUAGCCACCCAUGAAUGAUCACUAUUUCUCGUUGUAUAUAAUGUACUUUAUUUUAUAAAUUUUGAAUUGUCGUA